GGGGAUGGGAUGGGGGGCGGCGGUGGGAGGAGGGAAGAGCAAAGAGAGGAGAGAUGUCAGCCCGAUCCUUUCUCUCGGCACGUUUCCCUUCGCUCCAGUGUCACAAACAGUCAAGGCCGGACCUUGAUGGGCCGCGUCUGGGUGGGAGGCCAGGUCUGCUUCGUGACAGAGGAGACGACGGACGGUCCCCGGGAUGGUGGGGGCCCAGAACUACUGCUUGCAACCACGACUGCUCACCAUGCACCAGGGGGCUCCACGCCAAACCGCACGCACUGGAGGAAACAGACACUUCGGCCAACCCAUCGGCUUGGCCCGGCCUGGCCGAGCUGUGCUCGUCCCAGCGGCUGUGGGGACUGAUGUGCGGAGUCGGGUCGGCCUGUCCUCACUCCUCUGACCCAGAGGUUCAAUAUGUUCCAGGAAUUCAAUUACAUAUAAUGGCUCUCACUCAAUAGCGGUGGAUGCCAGAGGCAAAAGCUUUUUGGAUGUUACAAAUAAUGGAUGAAAUAAGGCCAUUUCCCAGAUACAACCCCAACUGGCAUCUGAUGAAUCCCCUCAAAUUGGUCUGCAUUGGAAAUGGCCAAAUCUCACUGUUCGUAAGUACUCGCAUCUCAGCGAAAAAGACUCGGAGGGAAAAGCAGCUACUGAACUAAUAACUCUUUGCUGCAGUGAGGACUUUCACUCAGUUCCCACAGUGCGCUACAGGGAGCCUCCGGAUGGCAGUUCUUUCAAGACAGGGAUCUCUUAAGGGCCACCAGAAAGUCUGCCUCUGCAUCUUCAUGAGUCAGAUCUUGUUAUGCGGAACUUUUUUUUUUUUUUUUUUGGUCUUUUUCUGUCUUUCUAGGGCUGCACCCACGGCAUACGGAGGUUCCCAGGCUAGGGGUCUAAUCGGAGCUGUAGCCACUGGCCUACGCCACAGCCAUGCCAGAUCCGAGCUGCGUCUGUGACCUACACCAUAGCUCCUGGCAACGCCGGAUCCUUAGCCCACUGAGCAAGGCCAGGGAUUGAACCCGCAACCUCCCAGUUCCUAGUUGGAUUCGUUUCCGCUGUGCCAUGAUGGGAACUUCCUUAUGCGGAACUUUUAAUGGACAAAUGCAAAUUCGAAAGCAGGGAACUCUGUCACAUUAACUGACCCCCUCUACCUCAAUACUAGGUAGGUGAGCUGUUGCAUCUGAUUUCAAUACCUGUUUAUUUGAUUAGUAUCUGAGCUUCAACUUGCCCUGUACUUGGCAUUGUGCCUUGUACAUAGUUAAUGCUUAAUAAAUGUUACUGAAAGAACAAGUGCUUGGCUAAUACUGGCCAUUACAGGAUUUGAUGAGUUUUAAAUCUAUCACCAAGAGGCAGAGAAAGUCUACUAGGGAACGGGGGCCCACGAUGACAGAUACAGAUCUCCAGAAAAACUAAAAAAUGCGGUGCCUUCAGGGCCUUGGAAGCCACUGGCGCCCACUGCUGGCUUAGGACCCCUCCUCUUCUCUGAGACUGUUAUUUCUAAGAGACUUUCCCUGAUGAAUCUUGGCCGGGGGGUGCAAUCCUCUGGCAAGGGGAUUCGAGGUGAAAUAAUAUUGGAUUCCAUCAUGGAAUCACAUUCUUCUAUUCCAUCCCCCUCAGUGGGGAUGGUCAGACACCAGAAAGCUGGGCCCUCAAUCUUUCCUGUGAGGACACUCAGAGUCUCAUCCCUGUCUUGUCAUCUUCCAUGGGGAUUUCAAAGCAGGACGUGGCAUGCUUUGAAUGUCAGGUGUUCACUACUUUGGUGUAGAUAAGACCUCAGUUAAUUAUCACCUUCUAAAGGGUCAGAGCAACAGACUUGCUGUUUGCACUUAAAAAGCAUAGUAUUUUCACUGUGGCUUGACUUUCAACACAAAGCAAAAGCCCCAUUUUAGGAAACAUGCAUUUACCCAAAGACAGGAGUGCGUCCUUCCUACCAGCGCAGAAGGAGCAAUUCCUACCACGUCCCUCUCCAGGCUAGUCCUGGGCUUCAAAAACCACUUAGCCGAGCUUGCAAUUUGCUCCAAAAGCUGGGCCGAUGAAAACAUUCAAGACAAUUGAUGGCUGAAAGCAUCAGAUUUUCAACACAGUACUCUUCACACAGAAAAAUAAAGCUUCCCUCUUAAGGAUCUUAUAAGAUGAAGCUAUAUUUGUCAUUUUCUUCCUCUACAACAGCUUGUCUGAAGGCUUGACUUACACGCGAGCAGGGUUUAACUCAGUGAAAACAAAAUGCCUUUAUUCUAACAGCAAAAGCAAGGAUUUGUGGGAACAAAAUGUCUACAUUCUAAAGCUAUGGAAGGAAAUGAGGCUUAUUUCCUCACCUCCUAGCUGGUACUUACAGGCAAUUUUCUGCACCAUUUUGGCAGCUAUGGAAAAUUAGUAAAAGGGCAGGAAAAUAGGCAAAAACAAAAACAGCAAAGAUGAUAAUUCAAGAAAAAUACAUGGUAACCAAAGGAUAAGAGCUAACCACACGACGUGGAAAUUUUCUUUUUCUUUUUCCUUUUUUUGGCGGCACCCGUGGCAGGGAUCAAAUCUGUGCUGCAGCUGUGACCUGCGCCACAGCAUCCUUAACCUACUUUGCCACAGGGGAACUUCAAAUGUGGAAUUUCAAACAUGUGUGUAAUAAAUGAGAUGGAAAAGUAGAAUUUACUAAGAAAUCCAAUCUUUGGCAAAUGAAAUGACAAAAAAUGACUAAAAAUGUGAGUGAUGUGGAAACCUAAAUAUUUACUCUUCCUUAAAGGUGCACAAAGUGAAAAGCUUCAAGCCUUGAUUUUACAGUCAUGAGCUUAGGUGCAUCUCGGCCAGUGUGAACUGGACAGCGCCAAGAGCAUCCGGGUGCUUUCUAGCCCCUGCAGAAGUGAUGGCCUUCAAGGUAACUUUGGGAGAGUUUCUUCCUAACAGUGGUCCUGCAGCGGAUAAACAGCAAUAUACUCCCCAGACAUGCCCUACCUAUUUUUUUUUCUUGUCAACUUAAAUUCUUUGGAGUAAAGAGCAGGCUUUCAGGUUCACAAAGUUACUUAUGAGUUGCGAAAUAUUUCGCCUGUAUUCCUCCAUUCAAUCUGGGCUGCCACAACCAGACAGCACGAGGAUGCUUUCUUCUUGCAUCUGUGGUGGAAACCCGAGUAGCAGACAGUAACUGCUCCAGGCCUGUCCAACAGAUGCAUUCUGACUACCCUCUUAUCUGCUCAGCGACAGAAGGCUGUCUAAGCCAGCCUGAUUCUGGAUGGUGCUGCUGCUCUCCCACGCACCGUGUCCCUGGGGCGGCUGAGAGGGCACAGAGCUCAUUUCUAGGUUUGGUAAUCUCCAGGGAUCUGGGUAGAAGUUCUGCGUGCCUUCCACUCCAGGGGCCGCCUAGCGGAGCCUGGGCAGCCCAGGCAAGGUCGUGGAUGCCUGAGAGUCCCCAGGCAAAGCAAUCCUCUGCAGGGUCCUUAUCAGGGGAGGAGGGGCGUAGCCCUGCAGGCUGGAGCGACUUACGGUUAAUAAGGCCACAGGCUGACUGCCCUGGAGACUAAAGCUUGAAUUUGCCUAAUGACUCUGACUGCAGAAGAACCAUGCGCUAGUGGUGCUUAAUUCCCACUCCCGAGAGAGGACCUCAAGCUCUGGAAAUCUUAACCGGCGCCAGCACGGAGGACAAAGCAGAGCCUCAUUUAGUUGUCUUAAUGAGAUGGGGCUUUGGUCUGGACUACACAACACAAAUGUUUGCUUACUCUGAGGAUUGCUCAUUAGGGGGAAAACGGAUUAAU